CGCCGUGGCGGGAAGGGCUGCGGGGCCGGGGCGGCGGGGAUGGACCUGGCGGCGGCGGCGGGGGGUGCGGGAGCGGGGCAGCAGCAGCACCAGCAGCUCCGCGAUGAGGUGGCCGAGAAGUGCCAGAAGCUGUUCCAGGACUUCUUGGAGGAGUUCCAGAACAGCGAUGGGGAGGUCAGAUACCUGCGCGAUGCCGAGGAGCUGAUUCGGCCGGAGCGAAACACCUUGACCGUGAGCUUUGAAGAUUUGGAGCAGUUCAAUCAGCAGCUCUCUACCACCAUCCAGGAGGAAUUUUACAGGGUUUACCCUUACCUCUGCCGAGCAGUAAAGACCUUUGCCAGAGACCAUGGAAAUGUUCCUUCAAACAAGGACUUUUAUGUUGCAUUCCAAGAUCUACCUACCAGACACAAAAUUAGAGAACUGACAUCAGCAAAAAUUGGCUCCCUGAUGCGUAUCAGUGGACAGGUGGUACGAACCCACCCAGUCCAUCCUGAGCUUGUAAGUGGAACCUUCUUGUGCCUCGACUGCCAGACAGUGAUUAAGGAUGUGGAGCAGCAGUUUAAAUACACACAGCCAAACAUCUGCAGGAACCCGGUCUGUGCCAAUAGAAGGAGAUUCCUGCUGGACACAAACAAAUCAAGAUUUGUUGAUUUCCAAAAGGUUCGGAUUCAGGAGACGCAGGCGGAGCUGCCGCGCGGCAGCAUUCCCCGCAGCGUGGAGGUCAUCCUGCGGGCGGAAGCGGUGGAGUCUGCUCAGGCAGGGGACAAAUGUGACUUCACAGGGUCGCUGAUUGUCGUGCCUGAUGUGUCCCAGCUCUCAACGCCAGGGGUGCGCGCAGAAACCGGCUCCCGGGUGAGCGGGACGGAGGGCUACGAGACCGAAGGCAUCCGAGGACUUCGUGCCCUUGGAGUCAGAGAGCUGUCAUAUAAGCUAGUCUUUCUAGCUUGUUACGUUGCACCAACAAAUCCACGGUUUGGUGGAAAAGAGCUCCGAGAUGAAGAGCAGACUGCAGAAAGCAUUAAAAAUCAAAUGUCUGUGAAAGAGUGGGAAAAAGUUUUUGAAAUGAGCCAAGAUAAGAACCUUUACCAUAAUCUGUGUACCAGCCUCUUCCCCACCAUCCAUGGUAAUGAUGAAGUGAAACGUGGGGUCCUGCUGAUGCUUUUUGGAGGAGUUCCUAAGACUACUUCAGAAGGCACUUCAUUGCGUGGGGACAUCAAUGUUUGUGUUGUUGGUGAUCCAAGUACAGCUAAGAGUCAAUUUCUAAAGCAUGUGGAUGAGUUCAGUCCUCGUGCUGUGUACACCAGUGGAAAAGCCUCCAGUGCUGCUGGUCUGACAGCGGCUGUUGUGAAAGAUGAAGAGUCUCAUGAAUUUGUCAUUGAAGCUGGAGCACUGAUGCUGGCAGAUAAUGGGGUUUGUUGCAUUGAUGAAUUUGACAAAAUGGACGUGCGGGACCAAGUAGCCAUUCAUGAGGCCAUGGAGCAGCAGACUAUAUCCAUUACUAAAGCAGGAGUAAAGGCUACCCUGAAUGCCAGGACCUCCAUUCUAGCUGCAGCAAACCCAGUUGGGGGACGCUACGACAGAUCCAAGUCACUGAAACAGAAUAUAAACCUGUCAGCUCCCAUCAUGUCUCGCUUUGAUCUCUUCUUCAUCCUUGUGGACGAAUGCAAUGAGGUUACAGAUUAUGCCAUCGCCCGACGCAUAGUGGAUCUGCACUCCAGAGCAGAAGAAUCUGUUGAUCGUGUUUAUUCAUUAGAUGACAUCAGGAGGUAUCUGCUGUUUGCAAGACAGUUUAAACCAAAGAUAUCCAAGGAGUCCGAGGACUUCAUCGUGGAGCAGUACAAACGACUGCGGCAGCGGGAUGGCUCUGGAGUGGCAAAGUCAUCCUGGAGAAUCACGGUGCGGCAGCUGGAAAGCAUGAUUCGGCUGUCGGAAGCCAUGGCCCGCAUGCACUGCUGUGAUGAGGUUCAUCCGAAACAUGUGAAGGAAGCUUUCAGGCUUUUAAAUAAGUCCAUCAUUAGAGUUGAGACUCCUGACAUCAAUUUAGACCAAGAUGAUGAACAGCAGAUGGAGGAUCAAGAGGACCAAGAUGGAGUUAAUGGUGAGGCAGAAGCUCCAGCUGGGGUCAAUGGUCUUGUGAACGGGAUCAACGGCCAUUCUGAGGACAUGAGCAAGGAUGCUGCACCCAGAGCUUCUCUUAGAUUGGGCUUCUCUGAAUAUCGACGAAUUUCUAAUCUCCUGGUGCUGCACCUCAGGAAAGCAGAGGAAGAAGAGGAUGAUUCGUCAUUAAAAAAGAGUGAACUUAUUAAUUGGUAUCUAAAAGAAAUUGAAUCUGAAAUAGAAUCUGAAGAAGAGCUAAUAAAUAAAAAGAAGAUCAUCGAGCGAGUCAUUCACCGACUUACACAUUAUGACCACAUUCUGAUAGAGCUGUCCCAGUCAGGACUGAAAGGAUCCAGAGAAGAGGAGACUUUUGAUGAAGAUCCAUACCUGGUUGUCAACCCAAACUAUCUGCUGGAAGACUAGGGGCUGAGAAAUGGAUAGUAGAGCUGACUAGUUACAUGUUGGAAAGUGCAUUCUUUUCUUGCAGGGGCUGCUGCACAGCUAAUGUCUUAAACUCCUAUGAAUGCUUUACUGUGGAAUGCACCAAUGUGUGGUUAGUAAUACAUGAUUGCUCAUUUACACUGGGCAUACCUGGAGCAUUUUUACAGAAAUGACAUACCUGUAUUAGUUCCAUUACUAAUUCUGGGUUUCAAUGCCAUCAUCCUGAUGCAGAAGAGAAUCAUUCACUAGUUCUUUUCAGUAUCAAACUCUGUAGAUGCUUCUGUUUUAAAUGAGAGGAAUUUUGCAUUGUUCUUCUAUUACAUUUAGUAGUCUUCUUAUGCUAUAAGUUUUUACUGUUUUUCUUAUUAACAUAAAUAAAAGAUCAUUACAUGUCUGGA